AAAAAAACAUCUGUCAUAUUUCACCGACAUAUAAACAGAGGUUUAAACAAGUUUAGAAGAGGACAAGUGUUAUCGCUAUAUUUAAUAUAGUUUCAAUGUUCAUUUAAUAAGAGCGAUACAUAAAAUGCCGGGAUUUAUUGCUGUUCAUACUGGCGCUGGUAAUUGUAUUGACGAAACAUUGUACAAUCAAGUGUGCAAGGAAGCAUGCAUACAAGGAGUGAACGCUUUGAGAGAUGGAGGUUCUGCUCUUGAUGCUUGCGAGUUGGCAAUUAUCACACUGGAAAACUCUUGUGCCACCAAUGCCGGAUUGGGUUCAAAUCUGACUUGGAACAGACAGGUAGAAUGUGAUGCAUGUAUAAUGGAUGGUGGUACAUUACAGUUCGGAGCAUGUACCAAUGUUUCAGAUGUGAAAAAUCCGAUAAGUUUAGCUAGGCACUUAUGCGAGAGGCAGUCUAAAUUGUUAAGCUUCGGAAGGAUACCUCCUAUGGUCCUUGCAGGCAAAGGCGCUUCCGACUACGCCGAAGAGAUUGGGCUUCAAAUGGUCCCGAAAGAACAUAUGAUAUCGGCGAAAGCAGCUAAAAUCUAUGAUCACUAUAAACGUAGUAUAAACAAAAUUGAGGAACUGAACCAUUUGAAACUCUCGCCACUUGAUACAGUGGGAGCAGUUUGCGUGGAUGCUGAAGGUUCGAUAGUAGCUGGUUGCAGUUCCGGUGGAUUGCUAUUGAAGGUUGGUGGCAGAGUAGGACAGGCGGCAACAUAUGGAGCAGGCUGCUGGGCAAUGGUGGAUGAAACAAAUUGUAUGUCCGCGGCCACAUGCACUACCGGAAACGGAGAAUAUCUCAUGAAAACACUUUUUGCGAAAGAAUUAGUUGAAGAUCUAAUAACUUGCAAUUGUCCCAUAACGUCACAGCACCAGACAUAUAAAAACAAACUACUCGAAUCCCCUUUCUUGUCAAAACACAGUGAGAUUCAUGCUGGAUCGUUAUCAAUAAUUUAUAACACGGCCAGUAAUGACGGUGAUCUACUCUGGGCUCAUACCACUAGCUCCAUGUGUUUAGGUUUUCAGUCUACUAAGCAGAAAAAACCAAAACUUGUUCUUUCUAAACUGCCCCCCAAUCUGCCCUGUGGGACUAAAACUGUUGUUAGUGGACAUCAUUUCAAAUUAUCGUACUAAUUACAUUGAUAACAAAAUUGUACAUUAGUCUCGGGUACCAAUAUAUUGCUAACCGAUAACAAUUUUCAAACGCUCUCAAAUGUAAAGUUUCGUAUACAAUUUUGGUACAAAGGAAAGUAGAUGUGUGACGAGGAUCCAUAUGCGAUUUUAAGCAAUUUGUUUUUCUUAAGUGCUCGUAACGAAACAGCAAUCAUCUCUAAUACAUAUAAGCUUUGCCAUCUAUUUAUGUUAAUAAAUAUAUUAUUUAUGUAAUUAAAUACUAGUAAGAUCACUGACAUUAACUAAAGUUUUUUGAACAUGAAUAAUUCACCUAGCCUGCAGUAAGCCGGAUAAUUCAUCUGGCGCGUUUGCUUUUGAAUGACAGUAUAACUUCGUCAUCAGUAUCUUCCGUAUCGCAUUCAAUACUCAAAUCAUCCUGCUCGAUGUUUUCGCAAUAUUCAUUAUAUGCAAUGUCGAUGAUGUUGCUCUCGUUGAGGUCACUCAUAUAGCCGGAAUCCAAUGCACAUCGUUUCCGGCAUACGGUUUCUUUUGCGAUUAAACAAGCUCGCCAAUUCAUAAGUUCUCGAGUAAGACAUUCUAUUUCCCUCAAAGGAUAACUAGUCAGCUCCAUCAUGUUUUCGUUCCACAUAACCAGUACGGGAAGAGAUGAUCGAGCAGCAGCUAUGCAAGCUGAAGCCAACAUGGAAGGACGAACAUUUGUCAUUUUUAUAUCGGUUAAUGUAAUAUCUAAAAAUUCUAAAACUAGUUCAAUCGCUCGCGAACGUCGCUCAGAGAAUUGUUGUUCAUUAACGGAGGGAACAAAGUCAACUAUACCCACUAUGUUCGUCAACCAAUAUUCUACAAACGUUGCAGCUGUUGGAAUGAUCAACUGCCAAUCGAAAAAUUUCAAUAGUAACACCUCAAUUACGUUGAAAUCUGAUACCGGAUACUGAUUUCGAACCAAUUCAUUCAUUCUACUUAGAGAAGGAACAUUUGGUUCAUUUUCUUCAAUUUUAGAUGCUAACAGAACACAAGAUAACGCUACAAGAUUUAAACGAUUAUCU